CGAUCUUUAGGGAAAAUGCUGAUGACGGUAAUACGACCUAAGGGAGAAAAAAGUAAAUGAGUUAGCGAAGAGUGGACAAAACGAUGAAAUAGAGCACUAUUGAAAAUAAGAAAGAAAGAAAGCAGAAAAGUCUCGAAGGAUCCGACUGCAGCUGCAUAGGCAUUAUUAAAGCUGAGAGACACAAGACUAUAGACGGAUAAAGUGUGAUGCAAGAAUGAUAUUAAGAUUGACAUGUGUACAAUGUGACUUUAAAGCUCACUUACUAGAAUAUCGUAAAGUUUCGUAUAAGCGUCAGUUUGGACAAACAUUCGGUAUAUUUUAUAUUAUAAAAGCAUGCUUACGGUGUUAUAGCACAGAAUAUUUUGGUAAUGCAUAAAUGUGAAUAAUAGCGUAUAUAUUUCUGUAAUAUUUUUCAAAGAUGAAAAAGAGGGAAAAAAUAUUAGUUUUUUAUAUAAUCAAACAUUUAUUGAUUUUCUGAUAGAGAUGAACCUUUAAGGUGGUUCGGUCGAAGGUCCUUAAAGAGAUAUACAAUAACCAUAGCGGUUGUUCAUUGGUUGUAAUAAAAAAUAAAAAAUAUUAAUACAACUUUUUAACAUACGGCACUGUAGCAUGUGUAUUGAAAUAUAUUAAACAUCAACGACGACAUACUCACGCAUUCUCACAUACACACACAACAGUCUAAACACACAUAAACACACACACACACACACAAGUUAAUGACACCUGUACAGCAAGUAGACCGGAGACCCUCAGUCUCGUUCGGCGAAAUAAACUGUACGGACGUUUCUCAUGUCAAUUUGCUUUUGUGAAUUCUUUGUUUCCUCGCAUCCCGCACAUCCUCGCAUGACUGGCUAUAUUUCAACAAUGUGUAUAUGAUACUUGAUGUGUAUGUGAUACUUGUAUUGAUACAACAAAUACAUUGUAUGGAUGCUAUAUGUAUAGAUGCCAAAUUUACCACAACCAGUAUUUAGCCGGAUUUCUAAAUUUUUGAAAUAUACGAAAUAUUUUAGACAUGUUUCUUAUAUUUUAUGUUGAUCAAUAUUUGCUUAAGUAAAUUUCGUCAUUUUCUAAACAAUCCGAACAGGACAAAUAAUAAUCACUGACUUUUAAAUACAAGGGAUCUGUUCUACAUGCGGAUUUUUACAUUCGGAAGUAAUGCAAUGAAGAAAAAGUACUUUUAAUAAAAUGCAAGUAAUCCGCCUAGUAUAGAAAUCCAUAAUUAAUACAUUAUGAUACAAGGGCGGAAAGUUGAUGAUUCCUGACGAGUGAGUCAGGAAGUGCCCCUCGCUUCGCUAGGCCGACAAACGUCACACGAGUAGGAAUCACAAACCCGCACGCGUAUCAUAUACUAUUUUUUGCAACAAUGUAUGGAAAGUUCGCAGGAUAUGCAUCAAAAAGAAGCACGAAAUGGCCGAUUCUUGAUGAGUCCAGAGUGUGCGGGAAUCAUCAAGAAUAGAGCAUUUUGUGCUUGUUUUUUGAUGCAUAAACUGUAUACUUUCCGUACAGCGUUGCAAAAAAGUAUAUUGUAUUCAACAAUAGCGCAUCACAAGUGUUAAUCCAGGCAACACACAUGUCCAAAAGUCAUCUUUAAGAUGUCUUAACUUCCGUGCCAUUAGACGCUUUAAAGCCGACUUUUGUACAUUAUCUGUUAUCUGGGAAGCAUGUGACUUAGGCCUUGUACUACAUAAGAAAGUAGUUCUUUCAAAUCCUCGUAAAUAUUCAUAACGAAUCAAGGGUAAAUCAACUGUACAUAUAUAUCCCUUUAAGUAAUUUAUCAACCUAGAAGAAUGAUAAUGAGAAACUUUAAUCCAGAUUCACAGCAACUAUCAUUUGGAUCUUAUGUAAACGUAACAUUUAUAAAUGAAAAAUGCACUUAAUCACGUAAAAAGUAUACCUGCGCCUGAAAAAUGCUACUUCCAGUUCAAAUUUUUGUAUAACAUAACUUCCGCUUCGAGAUAUGCCAAUUUUUAACAGCACCCGUCUUAUCAUGAAUGCCACGACUUAUAUCGCUGAGAAGACAGACACGCAACACACUCAUAAAUAUUUAUACGUUCUCAAGGCAGUGGCUUAUCGGUUGCCUCGACACGCACCUGUCUUCAUGUUUUAACCCAACUUUGACCUGUCUGGCAAAAACAUCUAAUCCGAGAGACCCACGUGCGUGUGACAUUUAAGCCAAAUGUAAAGAAACAGUAACGACGAGAGUUUACGAUACGGCACAAUAACAAAGUUCCCCAUGAUCUAGGGAUAAAAGAACGUGGAGUUUAAGUUAUGAGAGUGUCAAAAAUUCGAUAGGAUCAUUAAUGGACGUCAGUGACUUUCCGGUCUACGGUCGCGUGUACCUCGUGACACCUUCGAUCCGAGGAUGGUUGGGAGGUCUCAAAGUACAAGAAAACACGAACUGGAAGUAUCUGCUACUUGUACCGUCCUCGCUCUACUGUCAAUAUAGUAAACAGACAUACAUAUUCAUUUAAGAGCUCUCCCGCACGCCAUCUUCCACGAUAAAUUCUUAGUACUGUACAUGUAUAUCAUGUGUAUACAUUUUCUCGAGUAGAACUUAGCAAACAAAGGAAGACUCCUGCGACAAGACAAAGAUUCAUAGAUUAUGUGUAUCCGCUGUAUUGGACUUAGGAAGAAUACGAAUUACGAGUUUAAUUGGUUUGUUUUCUGAGUAACUAUGGGUACUCUAGUCGUUUUCAUUACGAACCAGACUAUGAAGUAGAAUACAAUAUCUAUGUAUAAUGUAAAUAUUUCAAUUUUCCUUGAAAAUAAUAUAAAUAAUAAAAAUUUUUUAAAAUUACAAAUAUAUCAUAAUAUGUAACGUGAUUUAUAUUUAAAAAUGAAGAAACUAUAAACGGUCAACCAGCAAAAUUUCGAAUAACUCUAAAUCUGUAGAACCAUGGAAUUCUUGUAAUUUACACUUUCGUACGUUAUUUUCUAUUACGACUGCAUUAUGAUGUAUACUUGAAUACAAAAAUAUACAUUACAGUAUGAUUAAUAAAUCUUCGUUAUAAUUUUCUUUGCUGAAUCCAUGCUAUGCAAAGUAGUACACGUACUAAUUAUAAGUAGCAACAUGUACCAAGUAAAUGACAGUUCGGUAAAAUCUGACUGUAAAAUGAUUGCCGUUUGCAAUUUGGAAAAAAAACCUUGACGUUCCUUAAGUGUAAGAGGUGUAAAGGACAAUCAGCUUCGAUAUAUUUUAUUUAAAAAUUUUACUUCUCCAUGCAAUCCUCUUUUUUUAUAAAAAAUGAGUCCUCGGUUUCUAAAGCAUACUAUGAGUCAAGGUAUGUAUAGUCUGGUUCAAAAGGAUUUACAAAUGUGCGAAAUAAAGCGAAAUGUAUUAGAAUUUCGAAUAAUGGGAUAUAAUCCAAAAUCAAGGUCGGAUCGAUAUCGAUCGAGGGGACUUCUGGAUACUACUCGGAAAUAAAUCCUUUGGAAUGACCUAAGCGUUACAGGAUGGUCAAGGUUCAAGGAUUAGUAAUGGCUUUUUGAAUUUGCAUAAAUUGCAAGAAGGCGGGAGUCUUCUUCCUCAAGUCUUCACUAUGCCAUGUAUAAGUUCCCCUCUGUGAAUCCUAGAGGAUUUCUCGACCGUAUACGAAUAUAUCAUACGGGAUCAGAAGACCAGACCAGGCCAGGCCAGUCCCGUUCUUGGGCCGAAUCUCUAAUUUGCAUUGAGAACUUGCCAUUCCUUUACAUAGAGGACUCUACAAAAGCCAUAUACACUUACAUGGGUGUAUUUACCUUAUCUGGCUGCGUUGUAAUGCGACGUGAGAAUAAAUUGGAUCUUAUUUUCAUGUUUUCAAAUACGACUGUUCUGGUACCUUCAACAACGAUAUAAUCAAUAACAUUGCGAAUCUCUCGCGAUGGACUUCAGGAAGUAAUUUUCGCGAACAAAAAAAAAGGAAAAGACUGGAUUAUUACAAUUGAGGGCGAUACAGUGGAACUUUGACAAUUCCAACUUCUAUAUAUCAAAACCUCUAUAAGAUUAUGAAUCUUCCAAUUUUCGAAUGUUUCACCUCUAUAACUUGAAAACUCCGAUUGGUCGAAACUGCGAUAACUCGUAACAUAUUUCGUUUCCCUUGAGACUCGAGUUAUCGAAGUUCCCCUGUAUUAGAUUUUGGAGAGAAAAAAUAUUUGUAUCAUUAUACGAGGGGAUGAAAGAGUUUCGUGUAACGUUGCUCCGAUACAUUGAUUACUCUGGCUCGGUUAUCUCGUGUAAACAAAGGCUUUUUGUUUAUUGAUAAUCAACAGUAUCACGACACCUUCAGUGAGCCUUGAUUGUGCAACAAGAAAAGCUAGAGGAAAUAAAACACAGCUGACAGACCAACCUUCCGCUGAAGUCGUAUCGAAAAUCGUUGAGCGGGCGGGAAAUUUGAAACGUUCGUGUAGCAGUUUCCUUUGUUUUGUUUGUCUUGUGUUUUUGGAUGAACAUCGACGUCGAGUAAUCUAUGUUAUCGCGUCAGGUCUUAAUAGGUUAAAUGAAUUUAGCGACACGUUUCGCUAAUUGAGUUAUUUUAAUUUUUGAAAAUUGUCACAUUUUCGAAAAUUCUCCUCGUUAUCAUUUACAUCUCCUAUCGUUACGACGUGCACGCAGUGGUAAUAAGCUGAAGUGACGCAGCAGGCUUGUGUUGAUCCCUGUGGAGAGUCUCAGGUGAUAAACGUGUAAAAAAAAUGAUUGCAAACCGUGACAUAGAAAAUCAUCAGUUGAAAAUGAUGCAAAAUUCUGGAAACUUAAACGACCUUGAAAAGAACUUAAAGGACUUGGAGCAAAAUUUCAAAGACACGAAAGACCUUGUGUAUUCAGAUGACGUUAAGAAUCAAGUCAAGGAUGAUAUUGAAAGACCAAUAGGUGAACCGGAAGACACUACCAAGAUACUAAUUACAGAAUUGAUAUCGCAGGAGGACGAUAAUCUUACAGAAAUAACGGAAAUCGUGGAAUCUAAAGCUCCGCCAUUCAAAUACGCGGAAACGAAAUUACGACCGGAUGCGCCGCCAUUUACACCAGAAUGCAUUGAACCGAUAUCCGACGUAUUGUAUGUUGAUCCUGAAACGACCAAUGGCAGCUUUGUUAAUGUGGAUCUCAGUUCUUUCGACGACCAAGUGAUUCCGCUAUCAGAACUUCCGGCUUCUUCAAGGACUCUGAAAGACCUUCGGGAUUCUAAAGAACAAAGACUCAAACCUUUUAGUCUUACAUCGAGUUCUAAUUCGAAGAAAGUCUGUGCCAACACAGAAAUCCCAACGACACAAAACGCGCAAGCUGUAGUUUCGGUCACGACGCAGAAAGUAACUGGAGAAGAGGAAGUGACGUCACCGCCACAAAGGAUAAUUAAUAGACGCCCAGCUAUUUUUUCAGCAAAUUUUCUUUUCGGUAACAAAACUCAAAUUGCCGUGUUACUAUCGAGCGUAAGUAUCUGCGCAAUUUUGAUUGUCUACGUACUUUUGUGAUUGUUCGGAUAUUUUGCGUUAGUCCUGUGCAAAUUUCUCACACCAAACUAACUCCUUUAAUAUAUAUUUAAUAAAUGACCUUUUUUUCAAUACAAAUAUUCUAUUGUUAACAAUACGUAACGGAUUCAUGGACCAAUACCCGAUUCUCAGUGAUGCGAGAAAAAAAACUGAGAAACUUUACUAAAUAUUUUAAAUAUUAAAGUAAAAAGAAAUUUCGCAAAACAUAUUCGAUGUUCUGUAUAUUCAUUUUUGAGGUUAGUUAGACAUUAGGUGGUUGACUCUCAGUUAACACGUAGUAUGUGCUGCAACAUUAUCGUGAGGAAGAAUACGAUUGAGUCAUGAAGGGUUCGUGACUUAAAUA